CUACAGCAUUUAAUUCCUUGUAAAACCCGACUACUAACUAAAUCUCUCCAACACCCCACCCAUAAAUCUUCUCUCAUUUUCACAAUUCUAGUAGUACUAGUACCAGUAUCUUGUUUCUCUCUCACGCUCUCUAGGAGACGACAGAAUUCAUUGAAUAGGAAGAUGAUGAGUAUCCUUGCACUGAUAACAGGCAAAACAGGACCAAGUGGGUUUGGUUCUGCUUCAACAGCUGACCAAGUUACAGACGGGAUCAAUGCAAAUAACCUAACUGCCAUCGUCACUGGAGGAGCAAGUGGGAUCGGUUUAGAGACGAGUAGAGUCUUGGCACUUCGAGGGGUUCAUGUUGUAAUCGGUGCAAGAAAUUCGAAAGCCGCGAAUGAAGCAAAAGAGACUAUUCUUAAAGACAAUGGAAGUGCUCGUAUCGACGUAUUGAAACUUGAUCUUUGCUCGAUUAAGUCUGUCAACGAAUUUGUUAAAAACUUCAAUGCUCUAGAUGUCCCUCUUAAUAUCUUGAUAAACAAUGCUGGCAUUAUGUUCUGCCCUUACCAACUUUCUGAGGAUGGGAUUGAGAUCCAGUUCGCGACAAACCAUCUUGGCCAUUUUCAUCUCACAAAUCUUCUUCUCGGGAACAUGAGGAAUACUGCAAGCAGUACCGGGAUCCAGGGGAGGAUAGUGAACUUAUCAUCAAUUGCUCAUGUUCACACUUAUGACGGGGGAAUAAGAUUUGAUAAACUUAAUGACAAGAAAGAAUACUCUGACAAAAAAGCGUAUGGGCAAUCUAAGUUGGCAAACCUACUACACGCCAAUGAACUAUCUCGUCGUUUGCAGGAGGAGGGUGCAAACAUCACUGUGAACUCUGUCCACCCGGGACUGAUUAUGACGAAUUUGUUCCAGUAUUCUGGCUUUGUGAUCCGGUCUUUGAAGUUAUUGACAUUCCUUCUCUGGAAGAAUGUACCACAAGGAGCUGCAACAACAUGCUACGCUGCGCUUCACCCAAGUAUGAAGGACGUUACGGGGAAGUACUACCUCGACUGCAAUGAGAUGAAACCAAGCAAGUAUGCUAGAAAUGAAAUAUUGGCAAAACAAUUAUGGGAUUUCAGUAACAAGUUGAUCAAGUCGAUUGAGCUCAGCUGAAUAUUUACUUUUGUACUGUUUAGAAACUGAAGCAGAAAAAGAGAUCAUGGCCAGCCAGUACAUAUAUCUUAAAAAGUAAAGCACUAAUUAUUUGCUGUUUUAGUAUGAAUGUUUGUUUUUAUUGCAACUAUUAUCAGUGUGAAUGAAUUCUCAUAUUUAUGACCUCAA